AUGAACUCAUAAAAUGACCAAGAAAAGUUGGGUUAAGAGGAUUAAGGUUUAGGAGAAGUAUUUGUACCAGCUUAGGUUGUAAAGAAUUUUAAUCAAAUGGUUGCUGAACCUCAUCCUGUAUUUUUCACUUUAUAAUAUAGCUACAGUUACCAUCUGAUAGAUCAGUUAAGCCCCCAUCAGAAAAUAAUGCGUAAAACUAAGCUCCUCUGGUACAUAUAUGAAUAUAUGUAGUUAACUGAUAAAUAGCAAGCUUAACCUUUAAUUAAGAAGCCUGAUCAAGCAGCCGAUGAAUCAAAAUAAUAACCAAGACCUAUGUAAGGGUCUGCCCACCAUAGUUAAGAUGAUAUCUCUGUUAAGAGUUCAGGAGGAGGCACCAAAUCUCCUCAUCAUUCAUGUACAUGUGUUAUUAAUUUAUAAGAAACCCAAUAGAAACGCAUUAAAAGAAUGAACAGUAGAGUUAAGAGUCGACUCUCUUAAUAAAAGCAGCAGUCAGAUAUAUCAAAAAAGAUACUGAAAAUUACAGAAAACACCCUAUUCUCAAUAGUCAUGGCCAUUGUCACUAUAUAUGCAUUAUUUGGAGAUGAUAUUAGAAUAUUGUCAGUGGAUAAGCAAGGAGAUGAUGUCUUUUUUGUACUAACUGUUAUAUGCAUGGUUGCAUUUAUAAUCGAAAUUACCUUAACCAGUAUUGCUAAACCAGAAUAUAUUUUGAAUGUAAUUAAUAUCAAUUUUUUUAGUUUUAUUUUAUAUUGGAUGUUAUUUCUACAUUAACAAUGAUUUUAGAUUUAGGUUGGAUAACUGAUACUUGGUAUUCAGGAGAUUUAACAAGUGCUUCAUAGAUUAAAUCUAUUGGUACAGCAUCUAGAGCUGCAAGAAAGGCUGCUAGGGUUAUAAGAGUUAUAAGACUUGUGAGAUUGGUUAAACUCUAUAAACAUGCUCGUUAGUAAAUGGAAAGGGAAUAAUAAAAAAAGUUACUUCAAGAAUUAUUAAGACAAGCUUAAUAAAGUAAGAGUUAGGAUUAAUAAUAAUAAUAAUAAUAAUAAUAAUAAUAAUAAUAAUAAUAAUAGUAAUAAUAAUAAUAAUAAUAAUAAGAGUAAAAUUUAUCCAUCUAAUAAAUUAUACCAUAAAAUGAUGAAUCUAGAAAUAAUUCUCAAAAUGAAAUUGAAGCUGCCAAAACACCAGAUAGAAGUUCUAACUCUCAAUUAAAAUCAUCUUAAGUUUCUUCUUAAGCAGAAAACUAAAUUAAAGAAUCUAUUGUAGGAGCUUAAUUAUCAGAUCUUGUUAUGAGAAGAGUAAUUACAAUUAUUUUAGCUAUCUUAAUAAGUAUUCCUGUUCUUUCCUUAGAUACUUAUUAAGAAACAAUCAGUAGCUACGAUUCAGGAAUUUAUAGAAUUUAUUAAUUCAAAGACAAUUCUGAGGUAAUGAAAUCCCUUUUGUAUCAAUACUCUCAAUUCCAUAUAGGGGAGAUUUAUCCAAUUUAUAGUGUGAAUGUUAAUUUAAAAGGAGGCAGCAAUACAGAUCUUGAUGAAUGGAGUUAUAACACUAAUCCAGAAAUCUUUGAAGUGCCUGCCUAUGAAACAAAAGACUAAUAUAGAUUUUCAGAUUUGCAAUAUUAUGUUAAAUCGGAUGGAUCAUAUCUACAAAUUUACGCAUCAGCUGACUUGGUGGCCUAUAAUCAAACUAAUGCAAUUUUAUCCAUAUUUUAAACAAUCUUUGUGUGUAUAGUGUUGGCAGUGUCAGCUCUGAUGUUUAAUAAAGAUGUUUCUGACUUAGUUAUCGAUCCGAUUGAAGGAAUGAUGUAGAAGAUAGAAAUGAUAGCAGCAAAUCCACUUGAGGCAGUGAAUAUAGAAGAAUAGGAAGAUCUCAUUAUGGAGGAAUUAGAGAAAUCUUAGGAUGUGGAAAAAUUAAAAUAGAAAGAGAUCGAAAAACACAUGGAAACAUAUGUUCUUUAAAGGUUAAUAAUGAAGGUAGGUGCUUUGUUAGCUGUUGGGUUUGGUGAAGCAGGUUCUGAAAUUAUAGCUGAAAACAUUAAAAAAGGUGGUAGUGUUGAUCCCAUGAUACCUGGCAAGAAAAUAUUGGCAAUUUUUGGAUUUUGUGAUAUAAGAAACUUUACUGAUGUAAAAAAAAUGUAAUAAAUAUAUAGGCAACUGAAGUAUUAUAAUAAGGAGUCAUGGUUUUUGUCAAUGAAAUUGCUGAAAUUGUCCAUUCGACUGUUGAUUCUAUGAGUGGAUCAGCUAAUAAAAAUAUCGGUGAUGCCUUUUUACUUGUUUGGAAGUAUUCUCCCAAUGAUUAUCAUCCUGACCCUGACAACCCUAGAAACUUGAAACUCAAAACCGAUAGGUACAUUAAAUAGAAAGGAGACAUGGCAGUGAUGGCAUUUCUCAAAAUUAUCACAGCAAUCUCUAUCUCUAAAAAGCUUGAGAAGUAUAAGAAGCAUGAGGGACUCAAUGCAAGAAUGAAGGACUACUCUGUGAAAAUGGGAUUCGGUUUACAUAUGGGUUGGGGAAUUGAAGGAGCCAUAGGUUCUGGAUUUAAAAUCGAUGCCUCUUAUCUCAGUCCUAAUGUUAAUAUGGCAUCAAGACUGGAAGCAGCAACAAAAUAAUUUGGAGCUCUUAUUCUCGUUAGUGGUAUUCUAAAGUAAUAUUUGACUGAUGAAUGUUAAAAAUAGAUGAGAAUGAUUGAUAUUGUUACAGUGAAGGGAAGUAUUGUUCCUCUAGGUAUGAAAUCACAUUAUUUUUAGAACUACACACUGUGGAUAUGUCUAUCAAAAACUUAUAAGCAAAGAUCAAGACUCUUAGAGAUAAAUUUGACGUUUCUACAAUGACCUAAAAGGAAUCAAAGAAAUUUAGAGUUGUGAAUAGAUUCAAGAGAGAUCAAUAGAUGAAGCAAGUGAUGAAUAAUUAGAUUAGUAUUACUGAUCUUUUUGAAAAGGAUGAUGAAUUGUCAGCUGCUAGAGAACCAUACACUUAAGUAAACUAUGAAAAAUAUUGAUUUUAGUAAUUCUACGAGACUUGGAAGUAAGGAUUUGAUUAAUACAUAAAAGGAAAUUGGGGAGAAGCAUAAUCCAUAUUCUAAAAGACAUUAGUAAAUAAUAUAUGCUAUAUUUUAGACUAUGAUACCUGAACAUAAGGAUGGACCAUCCAAUACUCUUUUAGAGGUUAUUCAUUCUUGUGGCGGAAAAGCUCCCAAAGAUUGGAAAGGUUAUAGAGAGCUUACAGAAAAAUGA